AUGAGUUUUUUCAUUAAUAAUACUAACUAUUCCCUUCGGGUAUCGCUCACUUGGCUAAGGAUUAUGGGGUUAUGGGCUCCAGAUACUUUAGGAUGGAAAAGAAUGUUAUAUACUUGGCAUACAGGCUUAGUGUAUAUGCUAGUUGUAGGCACAUUCAUCAUAAUCCAAGCUACUGAUUUAUUCAUUAUCUGGGGAGAUAUACAACUCAUGACGGCGAGUGCGUUUGUUCUGUUAACAAAUCUGACCCACAGCUUAAAGAUUCUCAACAUGGUGGUGAGAGCUGCUCGUAUCAAGAGCAUCGUUAAAAAAAAUAAUAACGUAUUGAAAAUGCAAAUUACUGUUGACGCCAAAAAAGCUGUUAAAAAAUGUAACCGCGAAGUCAAUAUACAUUCAAUGUUAUAUGCAUUUCUGACCGCAACAACUAUAUCACUAUGGGCUCUUGCUGCAGCGACAGAAAAUCAAAAUAAACAGCUACCCAUGAGAGCUUGGUACCCUUUCAACGCGUCCCAGUCUCCAAUGUACGAGAUCGCCUACCUACAUCAGUCGAUGUCUCUGAUGCUGUCAGCUAGUAUGAACGCCAGCAAAGAUAUUGUAGUAAUGGCGCUUAUUGCUCAAUGUCGCUGCAGAUUUCGACUCAUUAGUAUUGCAUUAAAAGGGUUGUGCAGAGAUAUGCAUAUAGUUAACAACCGUUUAACCAAGAAGCAAGAGGAGAUUGUGACAGUUCGCCUCAGUAACUGUAUAGCUGAGCACCAAGAUACCCUGGAGACAGUGAAUGAACUAGAACGAUGCUUCACGGAGUCGACUUUCGCGCAGUUUACCGUAUCACUAGCCAUCAUAUGCGUAACCGGGGUCCAGCUUGUUUUUCAAACCGGUAAUAUGCUUCGAAUGCUUUCAAUGACGUUUUAUUUACUAAAUAUGGUGGACCAAGUAUACCUUUACUGUCGCGAAGGAAACGAGCUUACUAUUGAGAGUGAAAACGUGUCACGUUCUGCGUACGAGUGGCCAUGGUAUGCGUGUAGCGUGCGCGUGCGUAGGUCCGCGUUGAUCCUCAUGACGCGCUGUUGCCGGACCGCCAAGCUCACAGCUGGGGGAUUUACUACUCUUUCUCUUGCUACUUUUGUGAGCAUAAUUAAAGCAUCGUACACAUUCUUCACGGUUCUACAAGGAGCUGGUAACGGAACAAAGUAG